UAUCAGGAAAGCAUCACAUCGAAGUCAUCGAACAAACUUUUCCUCAGUGCUACCUGGAUUAGUUAGUGGAUUUUCCUAGAGUAUAAAGGUACUCUAGAUUUUCCUACCUAGGUAUUCUUCUCACUACUGUCUCAGUUAUACCACUAUGUUGAUGAAGACUAAGAUUAUUUUGUAGAGAUGGAUGGUUCUGAAGAAAUUGUGUUUUUAUUCCAAUUCGGUCUCAUCAGAGACACAAAAAACGUUGAUGUCUCGACUCUUACAUUAAGGACCUUGAAAGAUCAUGCCUGUGACUUCAUUAAAGCCAAGUGUCCCGGCCACGGACUUAGUAGGCUAGGUGAUAGGUUAUUGCUUUUCAAACAUGAUUACAAUUCUCCCAACAUCUUGCAUCUCAUUAACUCGGCCUCAGAAGUGGGAGAUGAAACGCUCAUAGAAAUCGUUCUUACUGCUCAGGUACUCGAUGCGGAAAAAACAGAGACUCCUUUGUUUCGUUCCCACAAUUUAGCUGUCCACUCCUAUAUCUCUCCGACCUUUUGCGAUUUUUGCAGUCAGAUGCUUUUUGGCCUUGUUCGACAGGGAUUGAAAUGCGAAGGAUGCGGCUUGAAUUUUCACAAGAGGUGUGUUGUUAAGGUGCCAAAUAAUUGCUCCAACAGUUUGUCCAAUGGAAAAAAUCGCUCAACGUCUAACCUACUUGUGCCUCGUAGUCCUUCUGAGACUGGAUCAAAUUCUUCUUUAACAUCAAUUUUUGAUGAUCUAAGUUUAAGUAAUCUUGUGCCUUCAAGUUCUUCCAAGCAGAGUAGAUCCUCUUCACUGAAUAGUAGAGCUCCUUGGGGGUCUGUUAGAAUUCCACAUACAUUUGUUGUGCACACAUAUGCACGGCCGACCGUUUGUCAGUAUUGUCAGAAGUUUCUGAAAGGGCUUUUCAAGCAAGGGAUGCAGUGCCGAGAUUGCCUUUAUAAUGCCCACAAAAAGUGCAUAGACAAAGUACCAAAAGACUGCACAGGAGAGGGAGCGAAAGAUCCUGUCGGUUCUGAGUAUCCUGACAGUGGAGUAGGAAGUGAAGAUAACCGAGAACAACUAGAGGAUGAUAGUGAUGGCGAGGGAACGAACUCUCCAUUGCCAGCCCAAAAACAGCAAACUUACUUGCCCUCUGUAUCAAAUGGAGCCCCUUUAAUUGAUAUUACUGUAAGUAAUACUGAUGAUGCUGCAUCCGCCGGAUUUAGACCUGCUUGUGCAUUGCCAAGUAACAACAUCCCUCUCAUGAGGAUUAUUCAGUCAAUUAAGCAUACAAAAAGACGAGGCUCUAAAGUAAUCAAGGAAGGAUGGAUGGUUCACUUUACAAGCAAAGCACCUCAAAGGAAAUUGCAUUACUGGCGUUUAGAUUCCAAAUCAAUCACUCUAUUUCAAAACGAAACUGGCUCAAAGUAUUACAAGGAAAUUCCUUUGGCAGAAAUAUUAUCAGUUGAAACAAAGACAGCAAACAAUGUGGAAGUCUCUCAUUGUUUUGAGCUUCACACUGCCAGUGUUGACUACAUGGUUGGAGACAAUACCUAUGACGAUAGCUCUUUCUGUGCUGAAAAUGGUGUUGGCUGCAAUCUAGCCAAAAGCUGGGAAGCAGCCAUUCGCCAAGCCCUCACACCAUUACCUACUUCAACGUCAACCAGCACAAGCGAAGAGAGUUCUGAUGCCCUCGAACUUGUCACUGACAUCAGUCAACUUUAUCAGUUGUUUCCUGAGGAUGUUUUAGGAGCAGGCCAAUUUGGAACUGUUUACGCAGGUGUGCAUCGCAAAUCAGGAAGAGCAGUAGCCAUCAAGCUAAUAGAUAAACUUAGGUUUCCAACUAAACAAGAAGCACAGUUGAAAAAUGAAGUUGCCAUUCUUCAAAACUUAUCACAUCCUGGAGUAGUGAAUCUUGAUCGAAUGUUUGAAACUAAUGAACAAAUCUUCGUUAUCAUGGAGAAACUUCGCGGAGACAUGUUAGAAAUGAUUCUCUCAAGUGAAAAGGGUCGCUUAAGUGAGCGCAUAACUAAGUUUCUGGUCACUCAGAUUUUGGUUGCUCUAAAGCAUUUGCACAGUAAAAACAUUGUUCACUGCGAUUUGAAACCAGAAAACGUACUUUUGAGCUCAGAUUCAGACUUUCCUCAGGUGAAACUGUGUGAUUUUGGAUUCGCCAGAAUAAUUGGUGAAAAAUCAUUUCGACGAUCUGUUGUUGGGACACCUGCCUAUUUAGCUCCAGAAGUUUUACGAAAUAAGGGCUAUAAUAGAUCACUUGACAUGUGGAGUGUUGGUGUCAUCAUUUACGUCAGUUUAAGUGGUACAUUCCCCUUCAAUGAGGAUGAAGAUAUCAACGAACAAAUACAGAAUGCGGCUUUCAUGUAUCCACCCCAUCCUUGGGGUGAAAUUUCCUCUGAUG